AUGGGCACGUGCGUGUCGCGCCCAAGCGCGUGCGUGGGGAAGCCCAACACGCCGCGCUCCGCCGACGCCGCGCGGGCGGGGGGCGCGCGCCGGCGCCGCCGACGCGGGAAGGGACGGAGGAAGGCGCCGUCCCGCGCCGCGUCCAUGGAGACCAUCCAGGAGGCCGAGGGCCCCGCCCCGCCGCCAUCCGCCGCAGCCGCGCCCGGGCCCGCCUCCGCCUCGGCCGCCUCGGGCGAUUGCCGGACCUACAGCAACCCGGCCUUCCAAGUGACGGGGAGCAUGGAGGAGGCCUGGUACGACUCGUACGCCAUCAGCGAGUCAGACGGGGAGGACGACUACCACAGCGUCCACGACGAUGCUUUCUCGUUGAACGGCAUGGAGAACGAUGCCAACGGCGGGAGCUUCAACGGGGCCGCGCACCCGUCCGACCUCCACUACAGGAAGCCGAGGUCCAGCGAGCUGCCCAAGGGGAACUCGGAGAGCAGGUCCUCGGUCAGCCACGACGAUAUGGUGAGCGUUUCGGGCGAUGACAGCCCCAACCCCAGUGGCGGAGGAGGGAUACUGGACGACUGCGGUCUCCUGCCCAACAACUGCCUGCCCUGCAUGGCCUCUGCUGUCGGUGUCAACGAGAAGAAGAGGGCUCUUUCGACCAGCCCCACCCAUUCCAUGAAGAUGCCGUCGUUGAAGCUCUCGUUCAAGAAGAAGUCUGGGGAGGCCAACCCGUCGUCCGCGCUGUUGUCUACAAAGGAUUUCCUUGAAAGGCCUCUAGCAGGUUCUCAAGUACAGUUAUGUUUGCUGGAAAAGAAAGUGCUGAAUAGCUGGUCUCAUAUUGAGCCUGGUACAUUUCGAGUCCGAGGAUCUAACUAUCUUAGGGAUAAGAAGAAAGAGUUUGCUCAAAACUGUGCAGCAUACUAUCCAUUUGGGGUUGAUGUAUACUUGUCGCCGCAAAAACUCAACCAUAUAUCUCGAUUUGUCAAACUUCCUGACGUUCAAAUCUCCAGCAAACUCCCACCUCUUUUGGUGGUCAAUGUGCAGGUUCCACUGUAUCCUGCUUCACUCUUUCAGAACGAAACUGAUGGGGAAGGGAUGAGCUUUGUUUUGUAUUUUAGACUUUCUGAAGGUUACUCAAAGGAGCUCCCACCCUUAUUCAUCGAGAAUAUUAGAAGGUUGGUUGAUGAUGAUGUAGAAAAGAUAAAAACAUUUCCAAUGGAAACAACUAUACCAUUUCGAGAACGGCUGAAGAUACUUGGACGGGUGGCUAAUCUGGAGGACCUUCCUUUGAGUGCCGCGGAGAGGAAGCUAAUGCAUGCGUACAACGAGAAGCCUGUGCUUUCUAGACCCCAGCAUCAGUUUUUCCUGGGUGACAAUUACUUUGAGGUUGACAUUGAUAUGCAUAGAUUUGGCUACAUCUCAAGGAAAGGGUUUGAAACAUUUCUUGACAGGCUAAAAAUAUGCAUGCUCGAUGUUGGGCUAACCAUUCAGGGAAAUAAACCGGAAGAAUUACCUGAGCAGGUCUUAUGCUGUGUUAGGUUGAAUGGGAUUGAUUACGCAAAAUAUCAACCCCUGAUGACAAAUGGUGCCUGAACUUGGCCCUUACUAACAUUGUUUGGAAUCUGAGAGGUAGCCAGAUCAGGCCAAGGGCUGACUUGAAAGGUUUCCCCGGAAGAGGAUCACCGAGGUCCCUUGAGGUUUCUGACCUGGAAACCGGAGUGGGAUACUGGCACUGCUGUGGAAGCUCUAGCGGCUGAGCAACAAGUAACAUUAACGGAGGCAGCGGUGCAUGUACAUCUGUAUAUCAUUACAUGAGCUCCAAUCGCCUCUGCUGUUGCUACCCAUGAUUCUAGAAUUAGUAAAUAUGACCAAUUUCCCUGGGAAAUAGUAGGGUUAGACGAUGUCUCAAAACAAAAGUAGAGGUUGACAUGAGGAGGAUCGUGUUGAAUGCGAGCUGCUUCCUUUAUAAAGCAAUAGGUGUAGAGGACGCGGAAGACACUGUAUAACCUCUAGGGCUAUACCUCAUAUGGCGCCCCACACAAGACAAAAAAUAAAUGAAAUAUCUGAGUAGCCUGGAGUAUUAUACACA